GCCGGCCCUCCGCGUCGGCCCUCCGCUCCCGCUCCGCCAUGGCUCCCAAGGGCGCCGCCAAGCAGCAGUCCGAGGAGGAUCUGCUCCUGCAAGACUUCAGCCGAAACUUGUCGGCCAAGUCCUCCGCGCUUUUCUUCGGGAACGCCUUUAUCGUGUCGGCCAUCCCCAUCUGGCUGUAUUGGCGGAUAUGGCAUAUGGAUCUUAUCCAGUCGGCUGUUCUUUAUAGUGUGAUGACCCUAAUAAGCACUUACUUGGUAGCCUUUGCGUACAAGAAUGUAAAAUUUGUUCUCAAGCACAAAGUGGCGCAAAAGAGGGAGGACGCCGUUUCCAAAGAAGUGACCCGGAAACUUUCUGAGGCAGACAACAGGAAGAUGUCUCGGAAGGAGAAAGAUGAAAGAAUCCUGUGGAAGAAGAACGAAGUUGCUGAUUAUGAAGCGACCACAUUUUCUAUCUUCUACAACAACACGCUGUUCCUGUUCCUGGUCAUUGUCGCCUCCUUCUUCAUCCUGAAGAACUUCAACCCCACUGUGUAUCCUCUGAGUGACGGGACUGGGUGUGUUAGCAGGAAGGAAAACCGCACAGCGUGUCAGCCCCGUAAAUCACAGUCUGUGCUUAGGCAAGCCUCUGGAGAUUCAAAACACGUUUGAUGUUAGAUGCAUCCAGUUUUAAGUUUAUGCUAAGUGACAAGUAGCAUGCAGCAGUCUUAACGUUGUGCCAUUACGUACUGAAGUAAACCAAGUUAAAAGAUGUAACGGUGACCUUGGAGCCAAAGCAAACCCACCUUCUUUGAUUGCUCCUGGCAAAAGCACAUGGCACCACUAUCUUUGGG